AUGGCGUCACUUUGUGAUCAUCAGGACAAGAUGGGGGAGAAGAAGUGGGUGACAGUUGGUGACACAUCCCUCAGGAUUUACAAAUGGGUACCAGUAACAGAGCCCAAAGUUGAUGAUAAAAAUAAGAAUAAGAAAAAAGGCAAAGAUGAAAAAUGUGGAUCUGAAGUGACAACUCCAGAGAAUAGUUCCUCUCCAGGGAUGAUGGACAUGCAUGAUGACAAUAGCAACCAGAGUUCAAUAGCUGAUGCUUCUCCAAUAAAACAGGAGAACAGUAGUAACUCCAGUCCAGCACCAGAGCAGAACUCAGCAACACAAGCAGAUGGCACUGAAGUAAAGUCUGAUGAAAUUCAGACAGAUGCAAAGGAGCAGCCUGGUUCAGAAGAUACUUCUGACGAGCAGAAUUCACAGUCUUCAAUGGAUAAUUCCAUGAAUAGUUCAGAGAAAGCAGACAUUCAAACCUCUGGAGAAAAUGAUAUAACAUCAGAGGCAUCUAAAAAUUCUCAGGACUCUGAAGGAGUGCCACCUUCUAAAAAGAUGAAAGUAGAGGCUUCCCAACAAAAUGUUGAAGAGAUUUAGACUAUAGAUUUUCCUGGUCAGUUUUUAUGUAAGGUACAUCAGUGGGCUUAAUUAUAGAACAACCUUACUUAAGCAUCUUCUCUUGGAUGAGGACAGAACUCCUAACUUUUCAAGUUACCAAGCAAAAAUCCAAGAAAACCUAACAAAGGUUUAACUUCUCAGACACUGAAAACUUUUUCCUGUGAAACAAACAUUGAGAACUUUUAAGUUACUGUCUCUGAAAUGGUUGGAGUAAACAACUCAGGAGGGGUCUACGCACUGUUUCUAAAGUCAGAAUUACAAUUAUGUUGCUGCUGUAUUUUUUUUUCAUUUCUCUAUUUAACAAUGUAAGAUAUUUAAGGAUGGUACAGGUCAGGUAUUAGCUUUCAUGUGAAGUUCAUUGUUCUGGCGUGAUGUCUGCUUUUGUUUUGUGCCUUGUGUUCUGAAAACAGUGCUAACUUUUAAAGUUGUUUUGCAACUGUCUCCUUUGCAAAGUGACCUAUGUUUGUAUAAUGCCAUGUAGUAAGUUUUGUUUGGUUUUUUUGGUUUUGUUUUGUUUCUUUCUUUCUUUCUUUCUUUUCUUUUCUUUUUUUUAAUUUUCAAUCCCUGGUGCUUAAAAAUUAACAAAAGGAGAUGAGAGAGAUUAGGAAGCCAUUUUCACACUUGGAGUCCAAGGAGACAAAGAAGCUUGAUAUUUUAUUUUUCUGCAGCUACAGUGGAGACCUUUUAUUGAAUGCACAGCAUUCACAAAUUGUAAAUCUGGUCUUUUAAACACUUGACUUCAGCAGAAGUUAACAAUUUAUUUACCAUUUAUAGGCCGGAUCUACAUAGAUAACGAAACGAUUCAAGUAGGUUAAAUAUUAGGUCCAGAUCUCUGUACUGGGUACAGUGUACAUUUUACAGAAGGGUUCCACUAUAAAUAAAGGAUCAAAGGGACUGAUACAUAGCAAAUGUAUUUGAAAUGGUUUAUUUUGAUUAUCAGGUUUUCACUGAACUGGAUUUCAUUGUACUGUUCUUUGAUAAGAUGUUUACUGAUAUGUUCCAAUCUAUACUGUAUUGGGGUGUGUUGUUGUUUUUUUUUUUAAUUUUCACCAAAUCUUUGUAAAUAAGUCUUGUUUCCAUGAACUACGUUGGUAGGAAAGUUCCUUCCUUUUCAAUUAUGUUGAAGUCUGCUCAUUCUAGACUUGAAUGAGAGGUGCUGAGCAUGUGCAACUCCCUUCGAGUCAACAGCAUUUAGAGGUGCAGAGCAUCGACAAGGAUCAGGUCCUGAACACCUGCUCUUGCAGUAGGCUUAGUACUUCCAUAGUGGUGCCGAGUCAUCUCAGCACCCAGCAACGGCAGUAGGAAUUACUUGUGUGAGUAAGGAAUAUUCACAUGAGAAAUAUGUGUUGCUGGAUUGGGUCCUUAAUCUUCUUUUGCUCAGUGCAGGAGAUGGACCUGGUAAUUCAAAUCAAGACCCCACAUAUUGAAAACGGUUGCAUAUAGUUUGUAAGCUAAGAACUGUAGAUAUUUUUUAAUGAUAAAAUUGCUUCCAGUCGAUACAUUUUCAUACUUAGCUCUUUGUAAUCUUAUUUAUUUCUGAAUUCUCCAAUGGUGAAAAUGGCUUGAGCUUUGACUACUGCAUUGCAUUUGCAAUUACCACUUCAAUUAUGAAACACAGCAUGGGGCGGGAAAAGUGGGGAGCCAAUGCUGACCUUCUAUAAGAUGUUUGCGGGAUUCAACUCCAAAUAACUUGCUACGCUAAGUUUGGGAUUUUUUCCUUUAUGUUGAAAUAAACUUUUUGGAUCUUAACUAAAUAAAAUUUGGUUGCAAAUCAUUCAUGAAAGCAGUGUGCUCCCUAAUAAGUUUUUGAAUUCUCUGGUCAGAUCAUAAAGUUCAUUAACAUUCUGAAAAUAAGGAAAUAAGGAGCCAAUAGUUAUGUUUGCACAAUAUACAUAAUGAAAUGGAAGAAAUAUCUCUCUUGAAUUGUGUGUAUGCUUAAAAAUGUGGAUGAUAACUGGUCAACGGCUAUCAGUUUGUAUGUAUAGUACACUCAGAAUUAAUUAAUAUUUUAUGAGAAAAAUUCUAUUUGAUAUAUUAAAUGAGUAAAUUUAAAGAAAUUCAAAUUUUUAAAAACACUUUGAUUCACUCAUUUUAAUUUUUAAUACUAAAACGACAUGAAUCUGAUGCCACCUUUGACAAGUAGUCAUGUUUACUAAUUGCUAUCUUCUGAUUGUUCAUGUUUUUGAUUUUUGAUUUUUCUAUAAGUUUCCAAGGGACUAAAUAGGGUGGGGGGGGGUUGUUUGUUUUGCUUUGUUUUGUUUUUUGGUUUAAAAACUGAUUCCUGUACUUUAGGAAGAAAAAAUAUAUAAAUAGCACUAAAAUACCUCAAAUUUUUCAUUAGGUAGAAACAUUUAUUGGCAUUACUGACACCAACAGGUUAACUAUAAAAUUCCGUUUUUCUCCUGUGGCUUCUGCUCAGAACCGUGUCCAUUGUUCUGUGGCUUGGAAAACAAAGCAGCGUAACCAUUUUGCUAGUGGCUUUAUUUCUAAAAUAGUAACUUUUAAAUUUACAGCUUAUACAAAAUACAUUCAGAACGUUUUUUUAAUCAGAUUCUAGUGACAACAGACAAUUGAACAAGCAGAUAGAUUUGGGUUCCUUAAACCUGUUAAUGUCAGUCUCUUUCUUAGAGGCUUUGACAUUACCUGGUGUGAAGAAAUCCAAAAUAGAGUAUAAGACUGUUAUUAGUCUUUCUUUGAAGUGCCUAAUGACACAUAUGGGCCAAUGGGUGUGAGUAAACACAUUUUAAUGCCAGAAAGUACAGAUGGGACCAAACCAGAACAUAGGAUCCAAGCCCUGUUUAGGGUUGGAACCAGAUCUAAAUCCAGCUUAUUGGCUUGGACCAUCUCUACCUGAAAUUUGUUUUAUGAACUCACUGUAAAAGGGUGAAUUGAAACCAUUGCGAUGUGGAGCAGAAGGGGAGUUGUAAUUUACUUCAAGGUGACUGAAAGUUCUCAUACAGCUCACGUUCUAGAAAUAGUGCAAAUAUCAUGAAGUGCUUCCUUGCUACAAUGCUGAAUGUUGGAGCUUCAGUUACAAAAACAAAAGAAACUAGAAGCAAGUAAAUUAGUUGAGGUUGUGGAACACUUGGGAAGGCCUUCCGAAUAAGAGAUUUACUCAGCCAAACAUUUUAUAGCAGAACUAUUCCUUGGAAUUUUUAUGCUUGGGAAAGUAGUUGUUAAACAUUCCAAAAAGUGCUGGCACUUACAAAACAACAAAAAAAUCAACAAGGCAGUAUAAGAGAUUGGUUUUGGGUGGCUAUCUUCAUACAUAAACAUUGUCAUGUUUUGGAAUGUUCUUUAUAUCUAAGGGCCUGUUAGAAGGUGUAAAGAAUUUUUGUUUUCUUCAAUACCUAAUCGUUUUCCAUCUUAUGAUUUGUGUGUGUGUGUGUUGUACAGCAGUAUAAUUUUUUUCACUUAUUUAUUCCAUCAGUAGCUAUGGUUUGUACAAUGUACAAUGGUUUCAUUUCAGAAAUAAAUAAAAAAAAAUCACAACAUGAA